AACAUUAUCUAGACACGGUCUUUUGCUACGUGUACCCUUUUUAACCAAGGAAUAUGAAAUUUUAAUACAUUCACUAAUAAUUAUUUAUCAAAACGGGAAAAUGGUUAAAUGUCAACUGAUUGAAUGUUUAACUGAAAGGCUCAGUGUAUUUUCAAGGGUUAAAUAUAGCCACUGUUGUGGUUAAAAGUUGAAGGAUUUUUGCACAUUCACAAUGUUGUGAGUGCUAUUGUACAAGACUAGUACAUCCUCACAAUUUAGUGUAUACAUUGACUGUCCAAUACGUACGUCACAUCCUUCUCAUUUUGUAGGACGGUGCCCGUGAAGCAGUGAGGAAGCAGCAGGCCAAUAACGAGAAAGAGAAGGGGAACAAUCUGUUGAAGGAGGGUCGCUAUGAGCAGGCAAUUGAGUGUUACUCUAAAGCAGCUGAGCUGGAUCCCCGUAAUGCUGUCAUGCCAGCCAACAAAGCAUUGGCACUGCUCAAACUGCAGAAAUACACGUCUGCUGAGAGUAACUGCUCCCUGGCGCUAACUCUUGAUGAUUGUUAUCUCAAGGCCUAUUUCCAUCGAGGGACGGCUCGAGUCAAACUGGGGAAAAUAGAAGAGGCGAGAGAUGACUUCACAGUUGCUCUCAGACUGGAGCCAGGGAACAAAAGUGCUAGGAGCGAGCUAGACAAACUGAAUAAGGAAAGUGAAAAGCGUGACAAGCGUGAACACAGUAUUGCAGAAGGUUCUAGCUCAGCAACACCUAAAAGGUAAGCCAUUACAUUUGACAAUACACUGCGUGCAUACAAAUUGAUAAUUGUGGUUUUAUAUAUAGUCAUGUACCAAAGAAAGACGUUGCUUUGCUAAAGUCUUCAACUGCAACUCCAACCAUCGUUGAGUCACACGAAAAUCACUGUACAGUGUGUGGAAAACAAACUGGAGUCACUUGCGUAGUCACAUGCAGGCAAUGCAAUUCCCAUGCCCAUGCCAACGGAGGAGAGUGUACCCAUUACACUAAGAAAGCUAAGAACUACCUCUGUGAUAAGUGCCGAACAUGUACUUUUUGUAAUGAGUUAACCAACGAAUCUGGAACGUUCACAGCUGUAUGUAAACUAUGCGGAUCUCGAGCUCAUGCUAAUGGAAAAUGCACCUGCUAUAAAAAGGCGACCCAAGAGUCUAAAAACUAUAUUUGCAUCAAGUGCCAAACACAUACAGUCAAUGUGUCUGUUUUGUAAUUUGACUUACUGUCUUAGUUUUUGUCUUGGUCAAUGUACUGUACUGCUCAGUGCGUUACAUUAUUGUUAUGCACAUGCACUCCUCGAUUCUUUGUCAAAUAGUAAUGGGGACAUUCCAUGCCAACUCAACACAA